GCCCGCUAUCCUCGCGAGAGGUGAGAGGCCAGAGCCGCAGUCUCCGGACUGAGCAGGCUCCAUGGCGGCUGUGCCGCCCCCCUCGCUGGCGCCGUCGCUGCCGUCGGCCGAGGGCGCGGGCGCGCGCUCCCCCGGCGCCUACCGGCCGUUUGAGCCGCAGGCGCUGGGGCUGAGCCCGAGCUGGCGCCUGACGGGCUUUUCGGAGCUCAAGGGCUGAGGCUGCAAGGUCCCGCAGGAGGCGCUGCUCACGCUCCUGGCGGGACUGGCGCGGCCCCCUGGGGCUCCGGCGCUGGAGCUCGGCCCUAUGCCCGUCGGUGGCGAUGGCGGGAACGGGGCCGCUCUCGACGGCCCCGGCCCAGCUCCCGGGCCCUUGGUGAGUGCGGGCGCGGGGGACUGCGAGGGGCUGGGGAUGGGAGGAAUAGGAAUGGAUUCUUGUGUGAUUCCUUUGAGACAUGGAGGUCUCUCACUUGUGCAAACCACAGACUUCUUUUACCCUUUGGUUGAAGACCCUUACAUGAUGGGACGGAUUGCCUGUGCCAACGUGCUCAGUGACCUCUAUGCCAUGGGCAUUACUGACUGUGAUAACAUGCUGAUGCUCCUUGGCAUCAGCCAAAAGAUGAACGAGGAGGAACGAGAAAAGAUCAUGCCCCUGAUGGUCAAAGGUUUUCGGGAUGCUGCUGAGGAAGGAGGUACUUCAGUGACAGGAGGACAUACUGUGAUAAACCCCUGGAUUAUCAUUGGAGGUGUUGCUACUGUUGUCUGUCAGCCUAAUGAGUUCAUCAUGCCAGACAAUGCAGUUCCUGGGGACGUGCUUGUGUUGACCAAACCAUUAGGAACCCAGGUUGCUGUCAAUGCCCACCAGUGGCUGGAUAAUCCAGAGAGAUGGAAUAAAAUAAAGCUGGUGGUGUCCAAAGAAGAAGUCGAAUUAGCCUAUCAAGAAGCAAUGUUUAAUAUGGCUAUGCUGAACAGAACUGCUGCAGGAUUAAUGCACACAUUUAAGGCUCAUGCAGCCACUGAUAUUACUGGCUUUGGAAUUCUGGGACACGCCCAGAACCUUGCAAAACAACAGAGGAGUGAAGUGUCCUUUGUCAUUCAUAAUCUGCCUAUUAUUGCUAAAAUGGCUGCUGUCAGUAAGGCCAGUGGGCGUUUUGGGCUUCUCCAGGGAACAUCAGCGGAAACUUCAGGUGGGCUGUUGAUCUGUCUGCCUCGAGAACAAGCAGCUCGCUUCUGUGCUGAAAUCAAGUCUCCAAAAUAUGGAGAGGGUCAUCAAGCAUGGAUUAUUGGCAUUGUGGAAAAAGGCAACCAGACUGCAAGGAUCAUCGACAAGCCACGAAUUAUUGAAGUGAUGCCCCGGGGAAUGGUUCUGCAUCAUGACAACUCCAGUACCAGCCCAGAGCCUGCUUUGUGAAAUGGCCCACCUGUUCGGACCUCUGAGACCUUGGGAAAAAAAUCACAAAUGACUUAAGAAUUACUUAAUUAUUUGUUUUGGGGAAGGGGAAAUUUCCAAAGAAAUUUGGUCAAAGAGUAAAAUUACUGCUCACUGAGCUACUCUGAGACGAGGAAAGCAGCUGCUUUCACAUGGGUUUCAAAUUAAUUCAUCGUAUUUCAUAUUUUCUACUUUAUGGCUAAGCCUAGCCCACAUUUCCCCUUUCUAGAAGCAAGAUGAGGCUGAUCGCUAAAGGAUUUUUUCAUAAUUGGGUUCCUGGAAAGAGUUGGUUGAAUGGCUUCAUGUAUAAGAAAUGAGGUUAUUUAUUGAAGACAAGGGACACUUUGACAACCACUUAGAUCAUUAGCAAAUAAUGCUGAAACAAGAACUCUGCUAAACCUGUAAUGGGAGACAUGGUGUGCUCAGGAAUUAUUUAUGGAAUUUUUUUCCCUCUGAAGCUAUUGAUUCUUCCUCAUUCUGGCCAAGAAUUGAGCAGCUUGUCCAAAAGUGGGGAAGUAGGCACAGGCCUUGACUCUGUUUAUGAAGCUUCUCUCAUUAAAUCCCUUUCAGGGCUGGAAGAAGCUGAAAAGAUUCCCAGAGCCAAGGCCUUGGCAUUGCUAAAUUUAUGUAAUCUUUGGCUAUCAAUUCCUGGUGAUGUAAUCAAUAAAAAAGGCUCAUUUCUCAGUA